UCUGAUGGAAAUCGGUUUCUUAUCUUCUAUCUUUCUUAUAUUAACACCUCUCUUCUUAUUCUUCAUCGUUAAAAAGUAUUCUAGAUCUUCCAAGAACCUCCCACCUGGGCCACAGCCAUGGCCGAUCAUCGGAAAUAUACUCCAAAUAGGCAACAACCCUCACGUUUCCAUCGCCAUCUUUGCUCAACAGUACGGUCCGCUCAUCUCCCUCCAGUUGGGUACACAACUUCUUGUGGUUGCGUCCUCUCCCGACGCAGCGUUAGGAAUUCUCAAGACACACGACCGUCUUCUCUCUUCUCGCUCAAUUCCCAACGCCUUUGAUCAUAGUUUCGCCCCCUUCUACCUCGUUUGGUCAGCAGAUUGUGGCCAACACUGGAGAUCACUAAGAACCCUUUGCCGAAACGAGAUGUUCUCUGUUAAAGCCUUGCAAGACCAGUCUAGUAUGAGACUGGAAAAGUUGGGUCAAAUGUUGGGUUUCUUGCAUGGUAAGAAAGGUCAAGUUGUGAACAUUGGGGAUGUUGUUUUUACAACAAUAUUCAACACAUUGAGCAAUGUCUUCUUCGCCAAAGAUUUUCUUGAUUUUGAAGAUGAACAUAGAACCGCGGGCGGCCUGAAAGAGAAACUUUUUACGCUACUCCAGGAUGGUAUGCGACCAAAUAUAAGCGAUUUUUUCCCCAUGUUUAAGAGAUUCGAUCUUCAAGGAUUAAGGAAGGGAAACCUGAAAAAUAUUCGGGAGGUUUUUAGCUUUUGGGAGCACAUAGUAGACGAAAGAAGAGCUCUACUUAAUUCUUCUACGACGGUGAUGGAAGAGGAAGAAAAAUCUUUCUUAGACCGUUUACUUGAAAAUGGAUUCUCAAACGACCAAAUCAAUAUAUGUGCUAUGGAGUUAUUCAUAGGAGGUACAGAUACUACAACAUCGACUAUUGAAUGGGCCAUGGCUGAGCUGUUGAAAAAUAAAGAAGCCAUGUCCAGAGUACAAGAAGAGUUGAAGUACAGUUGUAACGACUCCAAGAUUAUAUCGGAAUCUCAACUUUCCAAAUUGUCUUAUCUGAACGCUUGUAUAAAAGAAACACUAAGGUUACAUCCGCCAGUGCCUUUCCUGAUUCCUCGUUGUGCUUUUGAGACUUGUGAGGUUAUGAACUAUACAAUCCCUCAAGAUACCCAAAUAUUUAUUAACGUUUGGGCAAUUGGCCGAGAUCCAAAAGUUUGGGAAGCCCCUCUCUCGUUUAAACCAGAGAGAUUUCUUGGCUUGAAUUUGGAUUUUAAAGGCCAAGACUUCGAGUUCAUACCAUUUGGUGCAGGGAGAAGGAUGUGUCCUGGUUUACCCUCUGGUAUCAAGAGUGUUCAAUCUAUAUUAGCAUCGUUAAUUCACCAAUUUGAAUGGGUUCUUCCCGAUGAUGAAGAUCCUGCAAAGCUCGACAUGAAGGAAAAGUUCGGGGUGACACUGCAGAAGGAAAAAGCUCUUCAACUUAUUUUCAAAGAUUUAAAUUAAUCAUUAGUUUAAUUCACAUGUAACGGUUACUCGUUUAUCUACCAUUUGUUUCGUAGGAACGGAUAAAGUACGAAUAAAAAUGCUU